AUGGGAGAGGAGAUCGCAAUGUAUCGCAACAAGCAAAAGUCGAAUAAGGCGCAUGAGGAGAUAGUGGUAGAGGCAUCGACCUUUGUGGCGAUGGGGAUACAUCCAGUCGUGCUUUCUGCAUGGGAGACGCACGAAGGGAUUGUCGCGUAUGUGUAA